AUGGCCGAGCUGCUACCGCUGCUGCGGGUGGGGUGUCCCCUGCGAGAAGCAGCCCAGCGCCCACAGGGGCUGCCACAGCGGCUACAGGACAAACAGGAACUGUUGACAUUCAGGGAUGUGGCCAUAGAAUUCUCUCCAGAGGAGUGGGAAUGCCUGGACCCUGCUCAGCAGAAUUUGUAUAGGGAUGUGAUGUCAGAGAACUACAGAAACCUGGUCUCUCUGAGCUCAAACAAUCCGCCCGCCUCGGCCUCCCAGAGAGCUAGGAUUACAGGCGUGAGCCACCGCGCCAACUCUACCCUAAAUAAUUACCAAGAUAUUCAUGUUGGUGAGAGAAUUUAUCAAUGCAAUAAACCUGAAAAAACCUUGAACCAAGUCUCAUGCUCUACAAAAUAUCAGAAAGCUCAAUAUCCAGAGAUCCAGUAUAAAUGUAAAAAAUGUGAGAAAGUCUUUCAUCAAUGUUUAAAGCUUAUUAGCCAUGAGGAUAUCCAUAUUCAAGAGUAUUCCUACAAGUGUAAUGAAUGUGAAGAAGCUUUUGUUGAGUCAGGGAAACAUUCUCAAAAUAAGGGAAUUCAUAUUGGAGAAAACUCACACAGACCUUAUAAAUGUGAGAAAGUCUUUAGUCAGUCAUCCAAUCUAAGAAAACAUAACAUAAUCCAUACUGAAGAAAACCCCUACAGAUGUAAAGAAUAUGGCAAAUCCUUUAACCAGAGUUCACAGCUUGAAGAACUUCAAAACAUUUAUACCGAGUAUGAAUCCUACAUAUGUAAAGAAUGUGGCAAAACCUUUACUCAGUAUUCAGUCCUUCAACAACAUCAGAGAAUUCAUAUUGGAGAAAAACUGUACAAAUGUGAAGAAUGUGGCAUAUCCUUUACCCAGUCAGCAAGCCUUAGAAUACAUCAGGUAGUUCAUACUGGAGAAAAACCCUUCAAAUGUAAAGAAUGUGGCAAAGCCUUCACUCGGUUUUCAAAUCUUAGACGACAUCAGAAAAUUCAUACUGGAGAGAAACCCUACAAAUGUGAAGAAUGUGGCAUAUUCUUUACCCGAUUGGCAAGCCUUAGAAGACAUCAAGUAGUUCAUACUGGAGAAAAACCCUACAAGUGCGAAGAAUGUGGCAUAUCAUUUACUGAGUCAGCAAGCCUUAGAAAACAUCAGGUAGUUCAUACUGGAGAAAAACCCUACAAAUGUGAAGAAUGUGGUAAAUCCUUUAGCCAUAAUUCAUACCUUACUAAACAUCAGAGAAUUCAUACUGGAGAAAAACCCUACAAAUGCGAAGAAUGUGGCAAAGCUUUUACCCAGUCAGCAAGCCUUAGAAUACAUCAGGUAGUUCAUACUGGAAAGAAACCCUACAAAUGUGAAGAAUGUGGCAUAUCCUUUACCCAGUCAGCAAGCCUUAGACUACAUCAGGGAAUUCAUACAGGAGAGAAACCCUACAAAUGUGAAGAAUGUGGUAUAUCCUUUACCCGAUUGGCAAGCCUUAGAAGACAUCAGAGAAUUCAUACUGGAGAAAAACCCUACAAAUGUGAAGAAUGUUGCAUAUCCUUUACCCAGUCAGCAAGCCUUAGAAUACAUCAGAUAAUUCAUACUGGAGAGAAACCCUACAAAUGUAAAGAAUGUGGCAAAGCCUUCACUCAUUUUUCAAAUCUUAGACGACAUCGGAAAAUUCAUACUGGAGAGAAACCCUACAAAUGCGAAGAAUGUGGCAUAUGCUUUACCCAGUCUUCAAGCCUUAGACAACAUCAGGGAAUUCAUACUGGAGAGAAACCCUACAAAUGUAAAGACUGUGACAAAAUCUUUUACUGUAAUUCACACCUUACUCAACAUCAGAGAAUUCAUACUACAGAACGCCUAUAG